CUUGUUUUUCUUAGUAAAAAACUUAUAUGAAACCAAUAAAAUUGGUAUGAAAUCCACAUGAUUUAGUGGAAGCCAACAAAGCAUGAGAGUGAUGUAUAUCCCUGAAAAGCCAAAAAAUGUAUUUACCUUUACAUGCUAAGAUAUUAAGAUAGUUCUCUAGCUCUGAGAAAGGAGAGACUUCAAGAAAUGGAGGAUGGUGUGGCUAAGGUGAGGGCAGAUCAAUACAAUGGGAGAGUCACAGUUCAUGUCAUCCUUGCUUGCAUUGUUGCUGCCACUGGAGGGUCUCUAUUUGGCUAUGAUGUUGGUAUUUCAGGAGGAGUUACUUCUAUGGAUGACUUUCUUCUUAAGUUUUUCCCAUCAGUAUACAAACAAAAAAUGCACGCACAUGAAAACAACUACUGCAAGUAUAACAAUCAGGUCCUUGCAGCAUUUACCUCUGUUUUAUACAUUUCUGGUUUAGUUGCAUCCUUGGUGGCAUCUACGAUUACAAGGAAAUAUGGACGGAAAAUAAGUAUCAUAGUUGGUGGUAUCAGUUUUCUCAUCGGAUCAAUUCUGAAUGCUGCAGCUGCUAAUCUAGGAAUGCUUAUCAUAGGUCGAAUUCUGCUUGGUGUAGGCAUUGGUUUUGGAGAUCAGGCGAUUCCUCUUUACUUGUCAGAGAUGGCGCCAACACACCUACGAGGAGGCCUAAACAUGAUGUUUCAAGUUGCAACCACACUUGGCAUUUUUGCAGCAAAUAUGAUCAAUUUUGGAACACGCAAUAUUAAGCCAUGGGGGUGGAGGCUGUCCCUUGGACUUGCUGCAAUACCAGCGGUUUUGAUGACUGUUGGAGGAAUACUUAUUCCGGAGACUCCAAAUAGCUUAAUAGAACGAGGAUCAAAGGAAAAAGGAAGGAAGGUCCUUGAAAAACUCAGAGGAACAAAGGAUGUUGAUGCUGAGUUCCAAGAUAUGGUUGAAGCAAGUGAGUUGGCAAACUCAAUAAAGCACCCUUUCCGGAACAUACUUGAAAAACGAUACAGGCCAGAGCUGGUCAUGGCUAUAUGCAUGCCAGCGUUCCAGAUUCUUACCGGCAUAAAUUCAAUUCUCUUUUAUGCUCCCGUGCUAUUUCAAAGCAUGGGAUUUGGCAAAGACGCGUCUCUCUACUCCUCGGCCUUGACUGGGGGAGUUCUUCUAUUAUCAACAUUCAUUUCUAUUGCAAUCGUAGAUAGAUUGGGGAGAAGGCCUCUACUCAUCAGUGGUGGAAUACAAAUGAUUAUAUGCCAGGUCAUAGUUGCCAUAAUCUUGGGGAUCAAGUUUGGAGACAACCAAGAAUUGUCAAAAGGCUAUUCAUUGUCAGUAGUAGUUGCAAUUUGUCUAUUUGUUCUAGCAUUUGGAUGGUCAUGGGGGCCACUAGGGUGGACAGUCCCAAGUGAGAUAUUUCCAUUAGAAAUCCGAUCAGCAGGGCAGAGUAUAACAGUUGCUGUAAACCUUCUUUUCACUUUCAUAAUCGCACAGACGUUCCUUUCUCUUUUAUGUUCAUUCAAGUUUGGGAUCUUCCUGUUUUUUGCUGGCUGGAUAACCAUCAUGACCAUAUUUGUUGUUUUGUUCCUACCUGAAACUAAGGGAAUUCCCAUUGAAGAGAUGGCAAUUAUGUGGAAGAAACACUGGUUUUGGAAAAGGAUACUACCAUAGACUGUAGACAGCUGAAGAUACAUUAUAGGGUAAAAAGUUUCAGGGAGCCAGAUGAUGCAGUUUGACUAUAAUUAAUUACAUAUGUUAUAAGCUACUAAUGAUGCCUUAUAUAAUUGAAAUUUUCAUACAAUGUCGAUCCUUUGCCCUUCAUUUACUCUAUAAUUGAUUCUGAUUUGAAAUUAUAA